GUGCGGACGAGAACGCAUUUCCGGGCGUGUAUUUUGAGUUCAUUUAGGGUGGUAGUUUCAGGUAAUUCUGUGUGCCUGCGAAUGAGGAGCGAGGUAUGGCAGAAGGGAUAGUGCAAAAAGUAUUGCAUCUGAAAGAACGCCUGCUUGGAGUCAGCGAUUCAAAUAAGGUUCUGAAAUUGUUGAAGAAAUUGCAAGAUUUAAAUAUCACAGUGGAUAUUCUGGUGGAAACAGGAAUAGGAAAAACAGUGAAUGGAUUCAGGAAAAAUGAUGCUGUUGGUGACCUUGCCAAAGAGUUGGUAAGCCAGUGGAAAAAACUGAUUCCUCAGGAAACAUCCAGAGAUCGCAGUAAACAAAAUGAAAAGAAGAAUAAUGAGCACAGUAGCCUUGAGAAGAAAGAUACAAACAAGUCACCUGGACCUUCCAGACAAGAGGAAAUUUUGCAUGCGACUGAUGCAAUUAAGUCUGCAAAGCUCUUGAGUGAGGAAGGAAAUCCAAAAAAGAGAGAGCGGUCUGCAUUUAACCAGUGUUUGAAGAUCGAUUCUGAUCAGUUAAAGACCAAUGAAUGCCAACUGUUCAGGAUGGAUAGGAAAGAGUGUUGUCAAGUUGCAUCUAAAAACAAUCUGACCCAUCACCAAGAAUCACUUAAGUUCCAGAUACACGAAAAAUCAAAAUCUUUACAUAAGGUCCAAAGUAACUUCUCUAGAAAAGAUAAGAAAUCUACUGAUGUCCGGCAGAAAAAAAAGUCGAAUGAAGACCAAUCCAAGAAGGAGUCUUCACUGGAAAUUGUUUUCACAUCCUCCAGUGUGAAUCAGGAAAAUCCUCAUUCAGCAAAGGACACUCAAGAAAAUGGUCAAGAGCAACUAAACAAAGCUGUGGGCAUAACUAAACAUGGUAAAUCAGCCAGCAAGGUGCAGAAGAGUUCUUCAAAGGACAAAGAAAUUCGAGUGUCUGACAAAUCGCAGGGCAUGUCACGAAUGACUAAGAAGAGCACCAAAGUCUGCAAAGUGGAAGAUGUUUCUGAAUUUGAAAAUGAAGAGUUUGAAAAACCAACAAUGUCUUUUGAAUCGUACUUAAACUAUGAGGAACCGAAACGGAACGCAAAAAGACCCCAUACGAAUAAGAAUUCAUCUAGUUCAGGAAAAGACAAGGAUUCUAAAUUGGUCAGUACGACAAAAAAUGAGAGCAUUGGAGACCUCAGUAAGGAAAGCAAAAAGAGGAAGAAUAUGGACAGGAGGGAUCAAAAUGAGGAAGACAUUUGGCUUAAAACAUCAAAUAAAAAGGGGAAGAUUGAUAUAAAUACUCUGUUAGAUAUCCCGUUGCCUAAAUUCCUACCAGAUGUCGCUGAUAUGCCUUCUGAUAGCCCACCUACAUCUCCUAUCAAGAAAUCAGCGAUGUCCAGUGUUCCUGAGAGCACCAUGGAGUUUACUGGUCGAAGAUUAAACUGUAAAAUGCAAGUGUACUCUGGCUCCAAAACGACAAAUAUUAUGAAGAUGAUGUCUCUGUAUGAACAGUGCAUUCGAGUCCUACAGAACAACAUUGACUCUAUUCAUGAAGUAGGAGGGGUCCCAUUUGAAAUUAUUGAGCCAGUUUUGGGGCGAUGUACUCCAGAACAGCUCUUUCGAAUUGAGGAAUGCAACCCGAGUUUUAUUGAACAGACCAGCCAUUUCUGGAUGAAGCAUUGUAAAAAAGAUUUCAAAAAUGAGGAGCCCCAGGAGUUUGAAUCAUGGCGUGAGCUAUAUCUGAGACUUUAUGAUGAAAGAGAGCAGAAACUAAAAAUAUUAACGCAAAGCAUUAGCUCUGCACAUGCUAACAAGCCCAAAGGCCGUCAAGUGAAAUUAGCAUAUGUAAAUACAUCUGCAAAGCCACCAAGAAACAUUCUACGCCAACAAGGAAAACAUGGCACUUCAUGCUCUGCCCUUCUGAAUUCUCCCUUCGGAAAAAACAAGAAGAAGUUUGUUGCAGGUACAGGACACUCUAGCUUUGGGGCAAAUGCCUGCUCUGACAGACCAAAGGCCAACAAUGGCUGUGUUACUCCAAACUGUUACUCAGGCCCAGAUGCAAAGAAGCAAGUUAAAAAGGUUGCACCAAUGAUGGCAAAAUCUUUACGUGCCUUUAAAAACAGACUGGGUCCACGAUAAAUAUUCUUGGCAAAAGCUGCAUCACCUAUUCAUGUGAUAUAUAAACAUACAAUGUUCAAAAUACAAAACACUUACUUUUUGUAAACUAUUUUGACCAAAGAGUGCAUCUUGUACAUAUUUACUUUAUGGGGAAAAGCUGAUUAUUUGCAAAAUUAUGGAGGAAUAAGUGCAGUCUCAACUUAAAUUUAAAAAGAGACCGAAGAUGCCAGAUUGAAAUGAUUUAAAGUUUUGCAAACAAUUCUAGUUGAUAUGUGUAUAUCGUAUUCAUAAUAAAAGCUACAAUCUAUUUUGAUAUAAAGAGUUUGUUACCCUUGGAGUGUUGGAAUGUGCAAAAUCUAAUGAAUUCAUUUCUCAUGUGAUUGUAUGAUCUGGAUGUAGUUUUCCGACCAUUUGGACAUGACUGGAGACCACCUUGACAUUUUUUUUUUAAACACAAAUACUGAAACUCUGCAAUAAACAGCAUGUUUGAUGAUCGUUGUUAACAAAACAACUAAAUCAAGUACUGCAUCAUGUCCUUGUGAUCCGAUCAUUACUUGUACCCCGGUUUCUCAGUCAAGGUGUCCUUACAGGAAAUAAUUUGCCCCAUUGCAGUUUCUUUACCAGUGCUUGAUUCUUAGGUUCUAGACAGAUCAGCAUCAUUUGAUUAAAAAUACUUUAUUCUAUUCACUUUGGAAGUACAGCACUUUGAAAAUCCUCAACAAAUGGAUUCUGGCUUUUCUUGACAGCACUUUCAAAGAACUUUGAAAGCCUUGUUUGAAUGAAUAGUUUGUUUGUUACAUCUGUUGAUUUGCAGCUGGCUGAUUGUCCUUCUUGCUAUUAUUGUCAAAUAA